AUUUACACUGAAAACGAUCGUUGCGUUGAAGAGCAGUCACACGCACGCACACGCACACGCACACGUUGAGAAAGACGUUGUGUGAAAAACGCUUUAGCUACAAAGGCGAAAGAAGAAAGGCUAAUUAUCUACAAGACUUGCACGGCUCCAGCUCUGCUAAGGGACACACUGUCAUGGGGGACCCAGAGCUCAGCUCUCCCACCCAGCCCCUGUCCUCCCCCCGCUCCCCCCUCUCCCUCCCCUUCGGGUUCCUGCGGGAGGGCAGCAGGGUGUGGGAGAGGGGCCAGCCUCAUUUCAGAGGGGAGCUGCCCAGCCCCCUGGCCACCAAGCGCACUCGGACCUACUCUGCUUCUGCUCGUGCUGCGGCUGGUUCUCUCUGCAGGGGUCACUGUAAACACUUCUCCCGCUCGCAGGGUCACGGGUUCAUCACCCCGGCCAGCGGAGGAGAGGACAUCUUCGUGCACAUCUCAGAUAUCGAGGGGGAGUACGUUCCCAUUGAGGGGGAUGAGGUCACCUACAAGGUCUGCUCCGUCCCGCCCAAGAACCAGAAGAUCCAGGCGGUGGAGGUGGUGAUCACACACCUGACCCCAGGAACGAAGCAUGAAACCUGGACAGGACGCGUCAUCAGUGCCUAGACUUCACUGAGAGCGGAGAGGAGAGGAGAGGGGAGGAGAGGGGGAGAGGAGAGA